AUGUUAAACAACUUAAAAGAUAAUUCAUCUUCAGCUACCACAAAUGUAAAAGAUAGCAUGAAAUUAAUCAGUGAAAAAUUAGGAAUACCAGAAUGGAAACUAAAUGAAAACGAUUUAAAUGAACCAAAUGAAAUAUUCAAUCAAAUAUUGAAUGAAUUAAAUUUGGUUAAGAAUUUAGAUUUGGAAACAAAAGAAUACUCGGACGAAGAAUUAAUUGUUCGUAUUAGUGGUAGAACAGCACUCUGUGAUUAUUGCCAAUUAAACUUACCUGAAUUACCAUUUAACAUGGAUUAUCAUAAAUUUACAAGCAUUGAUGCUAAUAAUCAAUUCGAGAAAAUAGUUCAAACAUGCGGUUACACUGUAACAGCUUAUCUGUCGGCAAGCAAAUGGGGCUUUCAUCUUGAUGGAGGGUUGAAUAAGUUAAUAAAAAAUAGUGUUGAACAGUAUGAACAAGAUUCAAAAGCAUCAACAGAAGUUCAUUUCACAUAUUAUUCGUUUCUACCAAUGAAAUCAUUUCGCAUACCAAUUGAAGAAAUGCGAUUUGGUAUAAAUCAUCUCGGUGGUAUUUAUUUAUGCACAAUAUCUAUAACAACUGAUACUUUAUUCUCUGUUGAUAACUUAGAAAAAAUUGGUGUAAAUCAUUUUAAUACGACUAUUGCUGCCGGUUUUCAAAGGCUCAAUAUAGGUGGCAGUAUCUCUUACGAAUUUUUUGACGAUAUUGGCGAACAUACACAAAGUACACAUAAACGAAAACAAGCACAAGUUAAAUUUCAUAUCAGUUGUUACGGUCCACCAUGUUCGAAUCGUGAUUGA